AUGGAUCAAAUUUCUUUGCGGGACAAAGCAAGCGGAAGUGUUUUAUCAGUGAUGAUCAAGGAUCCGCUCAUGUUUUCCGUUAUAGCGUUUGCAUCUCUCGGGGGUCUAUUGUUUGGUUAUGACCAAGGUGUGAUUAGUGGAAUUGUUACCAUGGAAUCUUUUGGUGCCAAAUUUCCUCGUAUUUUUUCAGAUUCUGACUAUAAAGGUUGGUUCGUGUCCACUUUCUUAUUAUGUGCUUGGUUUGGGUCGCUCAUAAACUCACCAAUUGUUGACAAGUUUGGAAGAAGAGACUCAAUCAGGAUUGCUUGUGUGAUUUUUGUCAUCGGCUCAAUAUUUCAGUGUGCGGGAACAAACGUCUCUAUGCUUUUUGGAGGCCGUGCGGUCGCAGGAAUAGGUGUUGGGCAGUUGACAAUGGUUGUUCCGAUGUAUAUGUCAGAGUUGUCACCACCAUCAGUCAGAGGUGGAUUAGUAGUCAUUCAACAGUUGUCAAUAACUAUCGGUAUCAUGAUAUCUUAUUGGAUAGAUUAUGGGACGCAUUUUAUCGGUGGAACUAAAUGUGCCCCAAAUAGAGGAUACCAAGGAGACAGUUUCAAUCCUUACGUCGAUGUCCCUGAAGGUGGUUGUUAUGGCCAAAAAGAUGCUUCCUGGAGAAUUCCAUUUGGUUUACAGAUUGCUCCCGCCUUUCUUUUGGGAAUUGGGAUAUCUUUCUUUCCAAGAUCUCCAAGAUGGCUCUUAUCUAAAGGACGCGAAAAUGAAGCAUGGGAAAGCUUGAACUAUUUGAGAAAGAAGAGAAAUGCUGAACUUGUGGAAGAGGAAUUCUUGGAAAUUAAGUCAGAUGUACUUUUUGAAGAGAACUACAAAAACAGAAAAUUUCCUAAUAAAAAAGGAUUAUCUUUAAUGCUUGCUGGAUAUUGGGAUUUAGUCUCGGUUAGGUCUAACUUCAAAAGGGUCUUUAUCGGUUCUGCUGUUAUGUUUUUUCAGCAGUUCAUAGGAUGUAACGCAAUUAUUUACUAUGCUCCAACUAUCUUCAGUCAAUUAGGCAUGAAUUCUACCACCACUUCCAUGUUGGGAACUGGUGUUUAUGGGAUCGUUAAUAUGCUUUCUACAAUUCCAGCAGUUUUUUUGGUAGAUAAAUUUGGAAGAAAGACAUUACUUAUGUGUGGUGCAAUGGGAACUUUUGUAUCCUUGGUAAUUGUGGGUGCCAUUGUGGGAAAAUUUGGUGAUAAUUUAGCUACUAAUAAGGUUGCUGGUAGAGCAGCCAUUGCUUUCAUUUUCAUAUAUGAUUUUAACUUUUCCUACAGUUGGGCUCCUAUUGGAUGGGUUUUACCUUCAGAGAUCUUUAAUAUCGGUAUAAGAUCAAAAGCUAUUUCAAUUACUACAUCUUCUACUUGGAUGAAUAACUUCAUAAUUGGGUUGGUGACCCCUCCAAUGUUGGAACACAUGAAAUGGGGUACUUAUAUAUUUUUUGCAGCAUUUGCGAUAGUUGCUUUCUUCUUCACUUGGUUCAUCAUUCCUGAAACAAAGGGUGUGCCAUUAGAAGAAAUGGAUAAGGUAUUCGGUGAUAGGGAUGCAUUGGAAGAAAAGAAAACUAUCGUUCAAAGUAAUGUUGCUGUCAGACUGGAGUCGGAGAAGGCAUCAGUCAGCAUUGAGCCAUAA